CAAUAUUAAAAGGAAAACAAACCAUACUACAUUAUUGGAAGCCAUUUCUUCUAAUUUUAUUACAUUUUAAAAUUUAUGAUUUGAUUUGAAUACUGUCAUGGGAGGAGCUGUGAGUGCUGGGGAUGAUAAUGAUGACUUAAUUGAUAACUUAAAAGAAGCUCAGUAUAUCCGCACUGAAAGAGUGGAACAAGCCUUCAGAGCGAUUGAUCGCGGAGAUUACUAUUUGGAAGGCUACCGAGACAAUGCUUACAAAGACUUAGCCUGGAAGCAUGGGAACAUACACUUGUCAGCACCUUGCAUUUAUUCUGAAGUUAUGGAAGCAUUGCAACUUCAACCAGGAUUGUCUUUUCUUAACCUGGGAAGUGGAACCGGAUAUUUAAGUACAAUGGUGGGCUUAAUUUUAGGUCCUUUUGGAAUAAAUCAUGGAAUUGAACUUCAUUCAGAUGUGGUGGAAUAUGCCAAGGAGAAACUGGAGAGCUUCAUCAAAAAUAGUGAUAGCUUUGAUAAAUUCGAGUUCUGUGAACCUGCAUUUGUGGUUGGUAACUGCCUCCAGAUAGCAUCAGAUAGUCAUCAGUAUGACCGAAUUUAUUGUGGAGCUGGAGUCCAGAAAGACCAUGAAAACUACAUGAAAAUAUUACUAAAAGUGGGAGGCAUUCUAGUCAUGCCUAUAGAAGAUCAGUUAACACAAAUUAUGCGAACUGGACAAAACACUUGGGAAAGUAAAAAUAUUCUUGCUGUUUCAUUUGCUCCACUUGUGCAGCCAAGUAAGAAUGAUAAUGGCAAACCAGAUUCUGUGGGACUCCCCCCCUGUGCUGUCAGGAAUCUACAGGACUUGGCUCGUAUUUACAUUCGACGCACACUUAGAAAUUUCAUAAAUGAUGAGAUGCAGGCCAAGGGGAUUCCUCAAAGGGCUCCACCCAAAAGGAAAAGAAAGAGAGUUAAACAGAGAAUUAACACUUACGUAUUUGUGGGUAAUCAGCUUAUUCCUCAGCCUCUAGACAGUGAGGAGGAUGAAAAAAUGGAAGAAGAUAACAAAGAAGAGGAAGAGAAAAAUCACAGUGAAGCAAUGAAGCCAGAGGAGCCACCUCAGAAUUUACUGAGAGAAAAAAUCAUGAAGCUCCCCCUCCCUGAAUCUUUAAAAGCUUACUUGACAUAUUUUAGAGAAAAAUAACUUAAAUCAAGAAGAAAAAAUGCCUACUGAUAAUUCCUUUAGUCUUGAAAAUGUAGCAUUUGUUAGAAGAGAGAAAUCUUUCUUUCAUCAGAGUGAAUUAUAGUGGAAAAAAGUAUAAUUUGUUUCUGUCUUAGUAAUAAAAAUGAAAUAUUCAGUGAUUUAAAAAAAUCCCUUUUAUAAAAUAUAUUUUUCUUUAAAUCUUGGAAAAAUUGCUGUUUUAACUCAGAGUGACUUCAAGAGUGGAAUGCAAUGAAUAGUCAAGACUUUGUGUACUGUAAAUCCUUUUCUGAUUCCUUACAGAUUUGUAGUGGUGAGGGUUAGAUUUAAUUUUAUAUAAGGUUAAAUAAUUGUUAAGCAUAUAUAAUCUUAUUUGAACUGCAGUUGUUUGCAUUUCCUCUAUGAAAACUUUCUUAUUGUCAUAAGGAAAUCAAAUGCUUUGUAGACCCACUUACCUUACUUUUUUUGCAAUCACUAUUGCUGAGUUACUAUAGAUGUAUUCCGGGCAUAUAUGAGUGCAAUAACAAUACAGAUAUUGAAUAAUUUAGCUUUAAAAACAGGUUUCAUGGAAUUCAACAGCACUGCUACUUUUGCUUUUGAAUCUAUUGCCAAAAGACAUGGGUAAAAUAUCUGCUUCUCUCAUAGAGAUUUUAAGAGCACAUCAAGUGAAUAUUAAAGUAAAAACUAUGUACUUAAUACAACUCUUAAUUUGUAUGGACCCUUUACAUUUUCGAUAUUUAAAAAUAAUGAAGUUAUAUUACUCUCUGGAGUUUUAGACGAUAGUAUAUUUAGGAUUGUUUUUUCUAUAAUCCAAUAUAUAAAGUAUUUGGUUUAAAAAAAUCCAUUGUUGAUAGCACAGUGAGUGAAAAAGCAUGAGUGACAUCCACUUCUUGAAUCAUGCUUAAUAGCACGGCCAGAACAGAUUUGGUCAGCAGGUGCACUUUAGCAAAUGGAACUGGUUCAUCUGAGUAUUUAUCUUUGACAAAGUAGGCCUGAGCUAGCCUACAUUUGCUUUGAAAUUCAUCUUUGUAGUAGAAGAAAUAUUCACAGACAUUGUAUGUAGAUGCCUUUUGUUUGAAAAUCUACUUCAGAAUCAUAGUGUAAUCUUUGGGACCUAUGCUGUGUUCAUUUCCCAUGUUUUUCUUGUUUCUUUUGGUAAAAUUAUAAUGAUUUUCAUUUUUUGCUUAAUGUCACAUACUUAAACUAUCCAUCAUUUGAAUGUUAGUCGUAGCUUAUCAGUGAUAACACAGGGUAGUAAAUGCCAUUAUUAGUUUAUUUUUAUCCUACUUGGGCCUGAAAACAGUCAUUCCUUGUUAAGAAUGUAUGCAUUGUAACAUAUUUAGUAAUUAGUGUUACAAGGAUUAAAUAUUUUUUAAAAGGAAAAAAUUGAGAGUAUCACUUAUUACCAUCAGCAUCACUAUUAAAAUAGUUGGGCUUCUUGAAGCAUAUUUGAUCAAUCAGUGUAUAGUGAAAGGAUUAUUAUCUCUUUGCAAAGAUUCAGUUAUUAGUAAUACAUAAAUGGUUUCAAAAAUCUCACCUCUGGUAAUUCCAUGCAUCUAAAAACAAAUGUUUGAAAUAUUCUAAGCAUGAACUAUCCCAAGUAAAUGAGGAUAUUUUAGUCAUGUGAAAAAUAAUUUCAUGGAAGGUAUUUGUUUUAUACUGGGGACAAGGAUAGGAGGAGUUGGGGGUAUCUCCACAGUUUUUCUCAGAUCAUUACCAAGCUGUUACUGUUACUGAAAUGCUCCAUCUCAUUUCUAUCAAGGUAAAAAAAAAUAGUUUCAUACAAUUGUCAUCUGUUAGUAAUGUUCAUUUUCUUUUGAACUAAAUGUUAGUUUUAGACGUUUUUAAUCUUGAGUUCCUGGUGCCCAGGUAUUUUUAUCUAGCCCUCUCCCCUCUACACACUCACACACACACACACACACACACACACACACACACACACACACUGUUGUUUUUGGAGCUGGGGUCCAGAUAUGUAAACAUGUAUUCUUAAAUGAUGAUUUUACUAUUCAGGAGAGAGUUUUUGUUAAGGAUAAAUUUUAAGAUUGACUUUUUCAUAUCAUCCUUCAUUCUGUUGACCUUGGCAAAGUGUACAGCAGAUUUUCAUGAUCAUUACAUUUUUUGUCAUUGAAAUGUAUCUUUUUGUUUUUAAAUGCAUUCAUUUUACAAUUGUAACUAUUAUUGACUUUAAAUAAAGAAGUAGAAAUGAAAAAUAAAAAUUCAAGUGAAAGCCCUUUUAUCUAUUAAUGGGAAUAUAUUAGGAUGAUUAAAAAUUUAUUGGGUUUGUGUUUAUUUUUUAAUGCACUCGUGUUUACUUGAGAAUAGGCAAUUGUGCUUUAUAAGUGGAGAAGUAGCAAAUAAAAAUGAAAUAAAAUUAUUGAAAAUGAUGAGGAAUAUGUUCAUUGGAUUUUACAAUCAGAUAAAACAAUAGAAGUAAUCUAAUCCUAUCUUAUUUUGCAAGAGAAAGUAGACCUGGGGAGGUAGCAUGAUUUUCCUAAGUCAGACAGUUGGUUCGAGAUGGCUUGAAACAGCAUCUAGCAUCUGAUAAAUCCCAAGAAAUUUAUCAAUGGCACCAUAACUACUAAGAAAAUAAUUUAAAUCUUUACUACUUAUUGAUGUAUUUGGUUCUAGUAUUAAUAAAGGAAAAUACUAAAAUGGCAUAUAUAGUGGUUAAACUAAAAUGCAAAAAAAAUGUAAGUGUUGGUUUCUAGCUGUCUGAGGGUGUAAAAGUGAAGCAAAACCUGUUAAAUCAUGGGAAGAGUUGGACAAUUAUUUUAAAUAAACAAUUGGAUAUAAUUAAGCAUCA